CUCACGGCAAUGUGCCAUAAGCGUCGGCAACGGCAUCGCGAUGCCGGAGCUCUGCAUUGCGGCUCCCAAGACGUAUAAAUGUAAUCUUCAUAGUCGAUUUUCAUAUUGCUCUCAUUCGAAAGUUAGAUUUUGCCUACAACCAGUUUCAAAGUUACAGGUACAUCAAAAUGUCCGUCUCUUUAGUACGAGGUCUUACGACCCCUUUCCAAAAGGCAGGCCGGCUCACAGCACCAUCCUCCCGCUUCGGAGUCAACUCUCGGCCACUCGAAAGAAGCAUCAGGGGGUUCGGCACUUUCAAGGCACCUCCAGUCCGCAACGAGCCCAAUCCAUCAUAUAGCAAGGGCUCAGUCGAGCGUCAAAAGCUCCAAGAUGCGAUCUCACGACUGAAGAGCAAGCUUCCCGUGCGAGUCCCGUCCUUGGCACCUGGGAUCACAAACGCAAAGUCAGUGCUAGCCAAGCAAUACCUACCAAGCGACCACUCCGUCGCCUUGGCCGAAUACGCCCAGACAACCCCUGAGCAGGUGUCGAUAGCCAUCGGCACGGCGUUAGAAGCCAAGCCCGCGUGGGAGAACACGUCUUUCAAGGAUAGGGCUGCUGUCUUUCUUAGGGCGGCGGAGCUCAUUGCGGGAAAAUUCAAUGUUCAUUACGCAGCUCAGUUGUAUGACCAGCAGCACGCAUUGACCGAUGCCGGAAUCAUGAAUCGAACAGAAUACCGGCCGCUAGAGGGCUUCGUCUACGCCAUCAGCCCCUUCAACUUCACCGCCAUCGGUGCCAACCUGACCGUCGCCCCCGCCAUCAUGGGCAACGUCGUCCUCUGGAAGCCCUCCGACUACGCAAUCUACUCGAGCUACCUCCUCCAAAAGGUCUUUGAAGAGGCCGGCCUGCCCGCCGGCGUGAUCCAAUUCCUCCCCGGCGAGCCCGAGGCAGUCACCUCGGCCGUCCUCGACCACCCCCAGUUCGCAGCGCUCCACUUCACCGGAUCCACGGACGUUUUUCGCCAGCUGUACGGUAAGAUCGGGGAGGGCGUCGCCUCGGGCAGGUACGAGAGCUAUCCGCGCUUGAUCGGCGAGACGGGCGGCAAGAACUUCCACCUGGUGCAUGGCAGCGCCGAUGUACGGAAUGCGGUGGUGAAUACUGUUCGUGGUGCCUUUGAGUAUCAGGGGCAAAAGUGCUCUGCGACGUCGCGUCUCUACGUCGCCGAGUCCAUCUGGCCAGAAUUCAAGGAGAUGCUCUUGCAGGAAACAAAGGGCCUGAAGGUCGGCUCUCCGGAGCAGGUCGACAACUUCAUCGGUCCCGUCAUCCACGAGCGUUCGUGGACAAAACUCCGCGACAUAAUCGAGAACGCCAAAAAGGACCCUGCAACCGAGUUGCUAGCCGGUGGUCACACAGACAACAGCCAGGGUUGGUUCGUCUCGCCCACCAUCUUCCAGACCGAGGACGCCCAGCACAAGCUCAUGAAGAACGAGCUCUUUGGCCCCAUCCUCGCCGUCCAUGUCUACCCCGACGCAAAGUACGAGGAGAUGCUCCCCAUCAUCGACUCCACGACGCAGUACGGGCUAACGGGCGCCGUCUUCGCCCGCGAUCGGAGCGCCAUCGAGGCCGCGGAAAAGGGGCUGCGUCACGCGGCUGGCAACUUCUACGUCAACAGCAAGAGCAGCGGCGCCGUUGUCGGGCACCAGCCUUUUGGAGGCGGUCGUGAGAGCGGUACCAAUGACAAGGCCACCAGCGUCAAUCUUUUGACCCGCUUUACCAGUAUGAGGAGUAUGAAGGAGGAUCUUGUUGGCGCAGACACUGUAUUGUAUCCUUCGAACGAGGCUUGA